AUGAACAAAGCUGAUUUCAAUUUGCUGGAAAAGAUAAAAACGGUGCUGCUCUCAAAGAAAAUACAACCAAUUCCGGAAAAUAUUGCAAAUGCCUGCUUUGAAACCGUAAUAGAGCUUUACAACCGAAACAAAAGGGAUUUUAAAGAAUUGUUGGAUGUUGCCGUCCAAAUGAAGGCUUAUACCCUCAAUAGAACAUUCCUUCAAGCAAUUUCACUGUGCAUUCCUUUACACCCCUCUCCAUGCUGUACAAUUCUACAUUCAGUUUUUCAAGAAAAUUCUCAGACGUGGAAUUCUGUGAAUUCGCUAUGCGAAAACUCGGAGCUUUACCAGCUAUUUCAAAUUUUACUCAAAAACAUAGAAAUCAAAAGAGUAAGUAACUUUAUUGUAAAGCACUUUAGAGUUUCUGAUUGUUUUGACACAUGCGAUUUUGAAAAGCAAGUUAUUAUUCUUGAAAAUAGCAUGGAUGUCUUUAUGGAUGAUUUUGACGUUAUGCAUUUUAUAGUUUCAAAUAGAUCAGCAUUAGAUUCUGCUACUUUAAGCAGGCUGCUUCUGUCAUUCUUGAGAGCCAAAUAUACAAAAGACUCAUUCGUUGACAUUGAUGUACUAAAGUCAAUAAUUUAUCUUAUGGCUCCAUUCUCACCCGAGAAUCUCGAAAUUCUAACCUUGACUUUAGCAUUUUAUAGAAAGAACAUUAACAAGCUAAAGUUGAUGGGUGGAACAGAACUUGGGUCGAUCUUUACAACAAAGCUGAUCGAUCUCAUCACCCACGAAGUAGUUGAAUCAAAAAAUUCAGAGAAUGAUUUGAUUGACUUGUUUUCGCUACUGUCCGAUCACAUUCUUCCUGCUUUCUCAUCCAUAUUGAUUAAUAUUAAUGAAAAAUUUUUACAAGAGAAGAAGUACCAAAAACUUCUACAAAAUAUGAUUUCUUACAUAAAAAUACAGGAUUUUGUUGAUGUUGUUGGUUCUGUUGAUAUUUCCAAACAUUUUUUAGUCUUCAAAGGACUCUCAAACGUUGAUCUUGGUGUAUUCUUUGGAUUAUACCGUGUGUAUUCACGUAGUACUGAAUAUGAAAGCAUAGAGAUUGACUAUUCCAAAUCAGAACCACUUUCCUGUAUAACUUCAUCUUCACAGAGUGACUCACUUGGCUGUUUAAUGGCAUGUCUGCCCAGUUUCUGCUAUUACUGUACUGAUUAUUUGAAAAACCACACAAAUUUGAUGAAAAUUUUUAAAGUCCAUAUUAACACACACCCAACUAUUGUGUGUUCUGCUCUUGAAAAACUUGUUUACUCCCACACUGAAAAUCUUACAAAUACUCUGCAACUUAACAAUCCAAUUUCUAAGGAGGAAUCGAUAUUAAUAUUAAGCUCAGUUAAAGAAUGCGGUAUUGUAUAUGACUUAAUUGACAAGCACAUUCAAAAUGAUACUCUUGACUGUGAAGUGGUUCUUCAAAUGCUAAUAAAACUCUGCAACGUUGACCUUUCUCAUAGAAUUAUCCCAGUCAUUCUUGAUGAUGUGCAGGAUCAGGCCUUGUCCCUUUAUGACGCACUAAGACUCAUGAUAUUUUUUGUGGAUAGAAAUACAUUCGACCUUGAUUUCAUAAGUAGACUUUUGGAACUGUGCUCCUUCCAAGCAGUCCCAAUUCAAAAGAAAUCAUAUCAACUUUUGUAUAAAAUAUACUCUCAGAAACGAACGAGUGUUUGUAUCUGUGAUAUUUUAUACUCAUCACUGAUUAAAACUAUGAAUUUGGCAGCUGAAAAGAACAGAAUAUUACUAUUACAUUCAAUAUUAAAAAACGGCUGUCUUGGCUGUAAAGUUGAGAACAAGGCUGAAAUGGUAGACAAAUUUCUUUCUGAGAUUAUCAAAGGACUGUUUGUGGGCAAUUACAAAUGCAAAAAGGUUGCUAAAGAAAUUAUCAUUCAAAUGAUUGACGAUCAGUAUUUUUUAAAGUUUUUGCUAGAUCACAUGUCCGACAAAAGCAAUGAUGUUCCAUUGAUAUGUGGUUGUAUUAAUGCUGCACAGAUAGUAUUGGAGUAUACAAGUUCGAACACUGAGUAUAUUUAUUCUCAUAAUAACGAUAUUAAUAGGGACUUCGUCGUUAAUUCCUUAUUGAAUGCACUGAUAUUUGUAUCAAUGCAUUCCCAGGACGUUGCUAAGCACAUUCUCAAAGCAUUUAAUUUAAUCAUUUUGAAUUCAAAAUAUACUUUUUUCUACAAUGAAAUGGCUAAGGUUGUUGACUCUUACAUUUCUCAAUUUCCAAAGAAAUUAAGGUCAGAAUUAAGAGAAUUCUGUAUCAGUGCACAAACAAAGGGAUUUUCACUUUCAAAGAGUAUGAAAACAAUGCUAAAAUUCAAAAAUAAGGGUGGAAAGUCAAAGAAUAUUGUCAUUGUUAACAAACCUGAGUUCAACGAGCUUCUUUAA